AUGAGACACGACCGAAUUGGCUUUAAACGAAUAAACAGACGUAAAAACGACCAACCACACAUAAUGGAAGACUCAGAAGAAUCGCAGAUACAGAAGAUGUUUUCUGGCUCGACGAUAUUCUUGACUGGCGGUACAGGAUUUCUAGGAAAACUUUUGAUUGAAAAGCUUUUAAGAUCGUGCCCGAAGAUUAAAAAACUGUAUGUUUUGAUUAGACAAAAAAAAAAUAAAGAUACAAAAAAAAGACUGCAGGAGCAGUUUGAUGAUGUGCUAUAUGAUAAAUUAAGAAACAAAAUGCCAGAUUUUUUACAAAAAAUUGAUAUUCUUGAAGGAGAUAUGGGUCAAGUCAAUAUGGGAAUGAGUGAUGCGGACCGAAGCAAGCUUACAAAUGAGGUUGAUUUUAUUUUCCACGGCGCCGCAACAGUUCGCUUCGAUGAAACGUUAAAGACAGCUGUGGAGAUCAACGUACGAGGGACGAGAGAGAUGUUACAGCUAGCACAUGAAUGUUCCAAGCUACGUGCAUUUGUCCAUAUUUCUACCGCUUACUGGUACAUAUUUUGUAUAAAAGCUUGUAUUUUUGUUAGUAACUGCCACUUAAAUGAGAUUGACGAGAAGUUCUACGGCAUCAACCUCUCCGGUGACAUGCUUAUUGACCUUGUUGAGAACAUAGAUGAGAAUAUUUUGAAAAACAUAACGCCAGGAUUACUAGACAACCUUCCCAACACAUACACUUAUAGUAAAUUGGCAGCAGAGGACAUCAUCCAGAAACAUUCUCAGGGACUUCCGGUAGCCAUAUUUAGACCUUCCAUAGUGAUAUCGACGGCGUGUGAACCUUUACCAGGAUGGAUCGACAAUAUGUAUGGACCUACCGGUGUAAUAGCAGGGGUAGGUGUGGGCCUCAUACACGUGUUAAACUACAACUUACAAGUGAAAACCGAUUUGGUCCCAGGGGACUACGUAGUAAAUGGAGUUAUAGCAGCGGCCUGGAAAACUGCCAAAGACUAUCCUGCAAAUGAUGAACAUUCUGACCUCGCUAAUUCGCCCCUUAUAUACAAUUAUGUAUCAUCUGAACAAAAUCCUUUGAUUAUGGGUACAUUCAUAAAUUACGCAGUCGCAUAUGGAGCGCAAGUGCCGACGAUGCAAGCGAUCUGGAUGAACAUAUUUUGGAUAACUUCGUCAAAAUUCUUAUUUAAUUUAUACUUUUUAUUAUUACAUUCGAUCCCGGCGCUCAUAGUGGAUACUAUCGCUAUUCUGAUUGGAAAAAAACCUUUAUUAAGACCAGCUUACAAAAAAAUCAGAAAGUAUUUAGAAGUUAUAAGCUAUUUUACCUUACGGGAAUGGAAGUUUCAUAACAAAAACACAGUAAGCCUACUAAAGGAGUUAGAUGACGCGGACAAACAUACAUUUAAUUUUGACAUCGAAAGCUUAAAAUGGGAGGAAUACUGCAAGGAUUAUCUGUUAGGGAUGCGUUUGUAUUUGGUAAAAGAUCCUUUAGAAACGCUCCCUCAGGCCAGAAAGAAACAAUUAAAAUUAAAAUUGGCUCAUUAUUUCUUAGUAUCUGUCAUUGCUUUAGGAUUAUUAGCAUUUAUGUGGAUUUUAGUGAGACUAUUUAUA